AUGGCCGCGACCGACGGUCAGAUCGUCGUCGCGGCAGCACGCUGGGCCGAGGAGGCGACGUACCUGCGUGAGUUCGUCUCCAAGUACCGUUUGCCGGCCGUGAUCAAGAUCACGAAGGGCCAGUAUGGCGGGCUGGGCGUGCCGACGCUACCGGCGCCAAGUUUGCAGAGCACCGCGCUGGUGAUAUCGGCCGGCCGUCGGCGUAAAAUCGUGGCGCAGGCGGUGAAGAUCAAGGAGGGCCGCCGGGUGGUCGGCGUAGGGCCCAGACUGGCGAUACCGGACUCGUACGCGGGCUACUUCGAGAUCCUGAGCGAGGAAGGUCGAGCGGUGCGCGGCAUCGAGUCGGUGAGCGAAUUAUCGCGAAGAUGUCCGGAUGAGGGUGCUCUGGUGCGCGAGACCGUGCGCGGCAUCGCUUGCCGGGUGGACGACGAGUCGGGUAUCGUGGUACCGGAGGGCACGAGAACCCUCGCCGCCGGCGAGACGAUCGUUAUCGCCGGUGAAGUGGCGCUACCCGGUCGCGGUCGGUUUCUGCGCUGCGUGGACUGUCACGGCGACAGCGUUCUGCUCGGGAUAGAUCAACGCGGACGCUUCAGCGCCCUGGCUCGCGAGGACAACAUCAGCGGCGUGCACACCGCUAGAGCGCUUCUCAGCAAACGUCUGCCGCUCACCGUGAGACUGGUUCACGGCCAGCCGCCACGAGGACUCAAGUCGUCGUCGCAAUUUGUGCCCGAAUUGAGGCUGCUGUCGACUUUCGAGGAGGAGCACGUGUUUGCGUUGCCGCUACAGAGGGAAGGAGCGGCGGUCGCGCUGCCGCUCGCGGCGCCGCUCAAGCUGGUGAAGGCGCGAAACGAGGAGGCACUCAGGUCGAUGCAGGAGUUUACGAGGUUGGUGGAGCGCGCUUCUCGUCUGGUUGCCGACGUGGCUGAUCGGGCGCACGUAUUGGACGGCCGUCUGGGCGAGAGCAAGCCCUCCAGGCAGACGAGGAGCGGGUCGGGCUUCCUCAGAAGACCAUCGACGAACUCGGAUCACGCGCCGUUAAGUCACCAUAGGAACAGUGGCGCCGGCCACCAUCAUCAUCAUCAUCACUAUCAUAGCAACGGGCAUCAGCCGUCCUCCGGACACUCGGGGUACCGGGAUGAGAACAGGGUACCGCCGUCGUCGUCGGCCUGCACGGAAGAAUACGACGAAAUCGAUCAGAUAUACGACUACGUGCGCGGCUUCGCGCCGUUGCCGAAGAGCGUCAGGUCGCCGUACGAGAGUCCUCUCGCCGCGGGCCAGGGGGGUUCGACCCCGCCGUUGACGCCGGUAACGGUGACGAUUACGCCCUUGCUGGACGAUCGACCGGAACCGCCGCCGAUCGAGACGAUACCGACGAAGAAGAUUCAGGCGGAGAAGCGGACUAGGCGCGCGGUGAAGGAAGCGCCGCAGCCACGGGUGGAGAAGCCGCCAUUGGCGAAGCUCUACGUGAAGAAUAGUGGUACUCAGCGCGGACGACCGCUAAUGAGGCAGAAGAGCGCGUCGCCGUUGAAGGAAACGCCGCCGGGUUACAAGGGCGGUUCGCCACUCUUCAACAUACGUUACAAGAGCUUGACGAAUCUUCAACAGGCCAUGGAGCUCGAUGGCACGCUGGAUUCCAGUCACUCGGGCGGAAGGACGUCGGGAGACUCCGGCGCGGGCGCCAAGCUGCCAGAGAAAAGAUCGAGACGUUUAAGCAGGCCACGAUCGCUGACGAAUUUAGUCUGGGAGCUGCGAGGUGGAAGCGGCCUCGGCUGCACGAGACCGGAAACUCCGCCGCCCGCCACGACUGCGCCGCUGCCACCGACUAAAUGUGGGCCACGUUUAGCUGUCACUGUCGUGGCACCGCGACGUGUCGGCACGCUCUACCUCUAACUCAUUCGACCGACGAAGGGCUGAAGAAGGCAAAGAGCGGUUCAGAUGAAGAGCCGUGGAUCUCCGGCGUCGUUCGUUCAACUAAUCAAAAUUCGUAACAGGAGCUCAAGGGAGAAGAAUAGAAGGACGCGAUGCAUUUCUGCCAGCGAUUCCGCCAUUCUUUCAGCAUUAAUAUAUCGCAGCUGCGAAAGCCAUUCAAACUCGUCGUCCGCCACACGACUGCAUGUAUAUACAUGCUGUACACAUGCAUACACACAUACUCACACCCACAUAAACGUCACAUAUGAAAGACCCAAAAGCCUGAUCAACGCCGCGUACUUCCUGUGAUCGUCGAUUAACGAUAAGUGGAAUAAUCAAAAAUAGCGACGCAGCGGAAGAGGAUAUGUUCAGGUCACGAAAAGAGGAGCGAAUUACUAGAAUGUUCUCGUAUAGAGAAAGGCGACGCCGUGUUAUAAAGAGUAUCGAGAUCGGUAUCGAAACGCGACGAAGCAUAAAUAGUGGAAGCCGAUAUUUCGUAAGAUCCCAAGUAACAAUGGUCGAUCUUCCGGUACGUAUAACAUACAUAAUCUAAUCUAUAUAAAACAGAUCCGUUCAUAAAUCAGAAAUCCUGCAUAAUGACCGCGCAAAUAUUUUUCCUACCUAGAAAAUUGAGGAUUGAUAUUUAGCACGGUUAAAAUUAACCCUACGACGAAAACAUAUCGCUUGAUAUUGUUUUGCAUAUUUCGUUUACCUUGUCUUCGUCUCGUUGCGGAAAAGGAAGGAUUUGUCCAAUUUUUAGUUAGAGAUGGAAAAAUAUUGGCAGUAUUUAUAUUUGCGUAUCAUUUUCCUGGCGAUGCAAAUUUCUUUCUCAGUAAUCAGAUACGUAAAAAAUUAUAUCUCAAAUGAGAUAAAUUUUAAACAAAAGUAUAGGUCAAUUAUUUGAUAAAAUGACGAGUAUUACAAAUUAUCGAUAUAAUCCAUGCUAUUGUAAUAUAAUAAUGCAAUAUAUGUUGUCUUUUUUAUAAUAAUGUUGAUAUUUUUCAAUCUCCAAUACGUAUUAAAAAAGAUAAAGAAUUUGUCACGGAACUAUACCUUCGUUACUCUUUGUCAUCGAUUGAGAAUGGGAACCGGAAAGUCGCGAAGAGGGUCGGAAUCUACAUGCCGUAUGUAAUCGCGCAUUGUCCGAAAAGCUAACACGAUUUGCGCACGCGUGAAUCACGACAUUCGCCUCGUACACGAGUAGUAGAUUCAUUUUAUAAAGAGACGCGCCGUCAGAAGGGAUUGCGGUCUGGCGAGCCGCGUAGUUAAGGAUACGAAUGCCAUAAUAAUGACCAAGUUUUUAUGGUUGUACUUAAGUCAUACUUUAUACUCUACUUUACUGUUUAAGGAUGUUUUAAGCGUAAGUUACUUCAUAUUUCCAUUAUUAAAGUGUCUCUAUUACAGUUAUCGCUACCGUUUUACUUUCGCGUCGUCGGGCUGAAUGGCGAAUCGACGUCAUUUAGCGCUGAUCGUCGAGAAAAAUUGGUAGAAGUUAUGAAAAUGUAAUACCGCCUACCUGCACUUGUGAUCGUAUAUCUAACUUGAAUUCGAGAGAAUAAACUGAAUGCUCGUAAUCUGUACAUCGGACCUUUCAACAUUACGAUCAGAUAAAUAAAUUUUUCCACGCUUUGUAUAUCGCCUCGGCAAUAAAGGAAGAUCUGAUGGCAAUCUUUAUUAAAUAGACAAGGAAGAUAUCAAUUAAUAUAUCAGAUUAGAUGAAUUGGGCGACUAAAUUUUUUAUUUGCCGCUUAAAUACGGCAAAAAACACUUAAGCUUAUGCUUUUCUAUAAAAUUCUGUCGAACGUAAUUAACAGGACAGUUUGGAAAAAUGUCUGAGCGCUUGGUUGUUCCCUGUUUCGUAUAUGUUGGAUUUUUUAGACUUUUAUUUUGCGAACUCAAUUUUCAUACUGUGCGUUAGGAGCCAAGUAAUGUUGGAUGAAACAUCAUGAAAUUAUAUAUUGUACUUACUUCCAUCGCAAGGUUAGAGAAGCCAUCAACAGAUAUCGCCUGCGAUCGCAUGGACGAUAAGGAACAGACUCUCAUUAAAAGUCAGGUGCGAGACCACCUCUCGGUUGAUGGUCCCGACCAAAGGACGCGUUUGGACCUUGGUCUCAUUUUUGUGAUUAUUUAAUACACGUUAAGCAAACAAUAGAAUAGGUGAAGCCUUGUUAUAAUUGAGUAUAUGAGAAUAGCCGUUGUACUAGCCUUACAGAGACGAUGCCAUUCUGCAUUCAAUAGCGGAAGAAGCGCAAUAAUUACGACAAUUAUCCGAGGAUAUUUUAAUUACGCUCAUAUAUAUAAUAAUUAAAUUGUUUAUUCAAGAGCACUGACAAACUGUUUUCAGUUAUCAGUAAGAAUGAAGCUCUUUCGGAAGAAAAAUUGGAAACAAGUGGCCUUCUUCAAAAAGAUAAUUUACGAGAGCUGAAUGAGAAUAAUCAGGAUACAUUCGUUACAAUGAGCUAGCUAUAUUACAAUGUGUACAAUAAGUUUUUAGAUUUAUAAUACGAAGUAUAGAUUCUAUUAUCAUGAUAUAUUAUAUCGCGUAAUGAAUUUGUAUAGAAGGCACUCGGUCCCCUUUACGACAGAACUCUGUGUGUUAUAAGCGUGUACCGAGCGAAUACGCUUAUUUCGUAUGUCGAUGUUCUCGGAGAGUAUAUAAUUUUGCCAUGACGACGAGCGCCGAAAGAACCUACAGCGGGGAGCUUGUAAUAGCGAUAUCACGCGUUUUGCGCGCAGCUAGAAUCUAUUUUUCUAGUUCCUUUGGGGCAUUGGAUGUCAAUGGAUCUCCAUGCGAGCGAUCGAUUGCUUUCGAAUAACGCGAGACCUGGCCGUUUUAGCCGUUCUCCCUUGCAUAAAAAGGCAAAAUGAUAGCAACUAAAGCGAACAGAUCUGUGCUAUAAUUACACGAUCGGCUCAGCGAUAUCACUUCAACAUCGUUCUCGCGGCGAAAUACUCAGCGCGUAAGGGUCGAGGAUCGUUGUGCCUUCGUGUAUGCACGUUAAAAGUACGUUUAAUGAUUGUAAGAAGGGCAGACAUCCACACUUUGUGAUUCCAUAAGCAGUUGUUCAUUUUUUUAUACUUACUUUAAUGCUUACCUAGGAUAGAGCUUGUGUACCCUAAAGAGUGUUUCAAUAAAAAUCAUAAUGAAAUAAA